GCUAUCAUUAUGUAAAACAAACUAAAUGGAAUAGAAGUUCAGUGCACAUCUAGAUAGCGGUUCAGUGUUGGUGUUUAUGGCUUAGGCUUGGAUUUUCUUUAAGUAUUUUAUACACCCAGUGAUUUUUUUCAUGGCAGAUUUAGGCAUCCUAAAGCAGAUCUUUUAUGAACAUUCAGGGUCUGCUUAUCUUUUAGACCUAUUAGAAGAAAAAUGAAAAUUCUACUUGACCCUGGCUUUUGUCUACACAAGGGUGAUGUCGCGUAACGGAGUGUCGUCUUGUGAGAUUUGGGAUACUCUGCUUUCCCUUGAUGUCACCCUCUUUAAGGUGGAAGCCAGGGUGUGAGUCCCAGAAAUCUUGGAUAGAAAAUACCUUCAAGAAAAGAGAAUGUGUCUAUAUAAUCCCAAGUUCAAAGGACCCACACAGAUGCCUUCCAGGAUGCCAGAUAUGCCAGCAACUUGUAAGAUGCUGUUGCGGCCGUCUUGUCAGACAGCAUGCCUGCUUCACAGCCAGCAUUGCUAUGAAGUACUCCGAUAUGAAACUAGGUGAAAAUUUCACAGGAGAGCAAGAAGUAUGGACCGUUGAGAAAGACACAGAAGAAAGCCCAACAGAUGCAUAUGGCGUUAUCAAUUUUCAAGGUGGAUCUCAUUCCUACAGAGCCAAGUAUGUUAGGUUGUCCUAUGACACAAGACCAGAAACCAUUUUGCAGCUUAUGCUAAAAGAAUGGCAGAUGGAAUUGCCCAAACUCGUUAUCUCUGUACAUGGAGGAAAUCAAAAAUUUGAGCUUCAUCCACGUGUAAAGCAAUUAAUUGGCAAAGGUCUCAUCAAAGCAGCUUUAACAACGGGAGCCUGGAUUGUUACCGGAGGAGUAAAUGCUGGUGUUGCUAAACAUGUUGGUGAUGCUCUCAAAGAACACGCUUCACGGUCAUCUCGAAAAAUUUGUACUAUUGGUAUUGCUCCAUGGGGAAUCAUUGAAAACCGGAAUGAUUUGGUUGGAAGAGAUGUGAUUGCUCCUUAUCAAACCUUGUUGAACCCUCUAAGUAAACUGAAUGUCCUCAAUAAUCUUCAUUCCCAUUUUAUUUUGGUGGAUGAUGGCACUGUUGGAAAAUAUGGAGCGGAAGAGAGUUUAAGAAGGGAACUCGAAAAAACAAUCAACUUACAACGCAUCCACGCCCGUAUGUUUCUUUUUAAUUGGUGUUUUGUUUUUUUAAUAUCUUGUGGUACCACGUUUUUAGAGUUUGUAAUGGGGCAUACAUAUAUUUCCUUUUUUUUUUCUUUUUUUUUUUUUGUAGGCAUUGGCCAGGGAGUGCCUGUAGUUGCCUUGAUAUUUGAAGGUGGUCCAAAUGUGAUUCUUACGGUUUUGAAUUACCUGCAAGAGAGUCCUCCUGUACCAGUUGUUGUAUGUGAAGGAACUGGAAGAGCUGCUGACAUAUUGGCCUAUGUACAUAAACAAGCUGAAGAAGGAGGGACUCUGCCAGAAGGUGCUGAGCCAGAGAUCAUUUCAACUAUCAAAAAGACGUUUAACUUUGGCCAGUCUGAAGCCGUCCACCUCUUCCAGAUUGUAAUGGAGUGCAUGAAGAGCAAGGAAUUGAUCACCGUGUUUCACAUUGGAUCAGAUGAACACCAGGACAUCGAUGUUGCAAUACUGACUGCGCUCUUAAAAGGAACAAAUGCUUCUGCUUUAGAUCAACUGGUAUUAACUUUAGCAUGGGAUAGAGUAGACAUCGCUAAAAGUCAUGUUUUUGUCUAUGGACAACAAUGGCUGGUUGGUUCUUUGGAACAAGCCAUGCUGGAUGCACUUGUAAUGGACAGGGUUGGCUUUGUCAAACUUCUCAUAGAAAACGGUGUCAGCAUGCACAAGUUUCUUACAAUCCUUAGACUGGAAGAGCUGUAUAACAUUAAACAAGGUCCUACUAACCCAACUCUGUUCCAUCUUGUCCGAGACGUAAAACAGGGUAACCUUCCCCCAGACUAUAAAAUUACGCUGAUUGAUGUGGGCCUAGUCAUUGAAUAUCUCAUGGGAGGAACCUAUAGAUGCACUUAUACAAGAAAACGCUUUCGACUCAUCUACAACAAUCUUCUUGCGGGAAACCGGCGUUCUGGGAGAAACACUUCAAGCAAUACACCUCAAAUGCGUAAAACGCAUGAUUCAUUUGGAAACCGAGCAGAUAAAAAGGAGAGGAUGAGGCACAAUCACUUUAUCAAAACUGCACAGCCUUACAAACCAAAGGAUGCCUCCAUAGAUGACAUGAAGAAGAAAAGGGUUAAAGAUGAGAUUGUGGAUAUUGAUGAUCCAGAAAUGAAACGCUUUCCUUACCCAUUUAAUGAGCUGUUGGUUUGGGCAAUCCUAAUGAAGAGACAGAAAAUGGCCCUAUUUUUCUGGCAGCAUGGGGAGGAGUCCAUGGCAAAAGCUCUUGUAGCAUGCAAAAUGUGCCGCUCCAUGGCCUAUGAAGCAAAGCAGAGUGACGUUGUGGAUGACACCUCGGAGGAAAUGAAGGAGCAUUCAAGUGAAUUUGGACAACUGGCGGUUGACCUGCUGGAUCAAGCCUUCAAACAGGAUGAAACAAUGGCAAUGAAGCUCCUCACUUAUGAGCUUAAAAACUGGAGCAAUUCCACCUGCCUGAAACUAGCUGUAUCAUCAAGGCUCCGCAAUUUUGUGUCCCACACUUGUACCCAAAUGCUGCUGUCAGAUAUGUGGAUGGGAAGGUUAAACAUGAGGAAGAAUUCCUGGUAUAAGGUUAUUUUGAGUAUUUUGGUUCCCCCUACAAUUCUAAUGCUUGAAUAUAAAACCAAGGCAGAAAUGUCCCACAUCCCACAGUCUCAAGAUGCCCACCAAAUGGCAAUGGAUGACAGCGAGAAUAACUUCAAUCAAGUGCCAGAGAACAUUGCCAUGAAUGUAUUUAGGGAAGUCAAUGUUUUUGACAAUUGCGAAGUUAAGCAUGAGAUCGAGAUUCAGACAAAAACUCGAAGACUUCCUCUUGCUCAGAAGUUCUAUGCGUUCUAUCAUGCCCCAAUUGUGAAGUUUUGGUUUAACACGUUGUUCUAUCUGGCAUUUCUCAUGCUUUUCACAUUUGUUGUUUUGGUGAAGAUGGGACACUUGCCUUCUCCUCAGGAGUGGCUUGUUAUUGCUUACAUUUUUACAUAUGCAAUUGAAAAGAUACGAGAGAUAUUUAUGUCUGAAGCUGGGAAAAUUAACCAGAAAAUAAAAGUGUGGUUUGGUGAUUAUUUUAAUAUUACGGAUACAAUCGCCAUCAUUACUUUUUUUGUUGGGUGUGGACUAAGGCUUGCAUCAUACAAGUACGAUGCUGCAAUACCGUUAGACUUUGAUUCAAACCACAAUGCAACUGAAAAGGUGCCUCCAUAUGGUCAUGUUUUACUCAGUGGAAGGUUAAUUUACUGUCUCAAUAUCAUAUUUUGGUACGUCAGGCUACUGGAUUUUUUGGCUGUCAAUCAGCAGGCUGGACCCUAUGUCAUGAUGAUUGGCAAAAUGGUCUCAAACAUGUUCUACAUAGUUGUCAUAAUGGCUGUUGUUCUUCUAAGUUUUGGAGUUCCAAGGCAAGCUAUUCUAUACCCACUUGAAGAACCAACUUGGAUGCUUGCAAGGAACAUUGUUUUUCAACCUUACUGGAUGAUCUUCGGGGAAGUGUAUGCCUAUGAGAUUGAUGUUUGUGCCCACAACUCUGAAGUGCAAGAACUUUGUGACCUGGGGACGUGGUUGACACCAUUUCUUCAAGCUGUCUACCUCUUUGUACAGUAUAUCAUCAUGGUGAAUCUUCUGAUUGCAUUUUUUAACAAUGUAUAUUUCCAAGUAAAGGCUAUUUCAAACAUUGUAUGGAAGUACCAGCGCUAUCACUUCAUCAUGGCUUACCAUGAAAAGCCUUUUUUGCCUCCACCAUUGAUCAUCUUCAGUCACUUGACUUCUCUCUUCUGCUUUGUAUGUAAACGAAGAAAGAAGGACACCUCUUCACAUGGACCAAAACUGUUUCUAACAGAGGAAGACCAAAAGAAGCUUCAUGAUUUUGAAGAGCAGUGUGUUGAGAUUUAUUUCAAUGACAAAGAUGAUAAAUUUCAUUUGGGAAGUGAAGAGAGGAUACGUGUUACUUCGGAAAGGGUGGAACAGAUGUGUAUACAUAUUAAAGAGGUUGGAGAUCGAGUAAACUACAUAAAGCGUUCUUUGCACUCUUUGGAUUCACAGAUUGGACACUUACAAGACCUUUCUGCUCUUACUGUGGACACCUUGAAAACUCUAACUGCACAGAAAGCAUCAGAAGCUAGCAAGGUCCAUAAUGAAAUCACACGUGAACUAAGCAUUUCCAAGCACUUGGGACAAACACUGGUGGAUGAUGGGCCACUCCGUACCUCUAUGAGGAAGAAGCAGAGUGUUGGCAAUUUGUUUGGCUCUUCAUUUCCACAGGGAAGCCCUGAGGCAAACAGUAAUUUACUGUUCAAUAUAUCUUUGAGGGAUGAAAGAAGUGUUAUGUAUAAAAAGGUGACUGAAGACCCUUUCUUUCCACCUUGUAGAGAAAAACUUAAUAUUCCAGUGGCUGGUCCAUCUGGAGGUGCCUUAGUUUCUUCUGCGGAAUGUCCUGUAGAACUGCCAAGCACACAGGCAGCCCGGUCGUUCAUUGAUAAUCAGAAUCCUGUCAACAUCACCAGUAGUGUGCCAAGCUGUGUUUCACCCUCUGCUACAUUUUUUGUAAGCACACCAACCCAACCGAGUUCAAAAAAUCAAGCCGAUGUGGCAUCAAAGCUGGAAAUACCUCUUAAGGAGAAAUCUGCUAAAGAAGCUGAAAAUACAGUUGAAUUUGGAGCUUUCGUUGGUCAUAGAGAUAGUAUAAUGCUUCAAAAACAACCGAAGAAAUCAGAACCCCAAAGCAAAGGAGACAUAACCCCAACCGAAAUGCUGGACCCAUACCAUCCUUCUAGCCUGAAACAAGUAAGAUCCUGUGCCGGAUUCAUGGAAUUUCAUAAGAUCUCUCAGUCCUUGCGCUUAGACCAGUUGCACAGUAGCAGUCGAAGAGCAUCGUUGACUGAGGAGGCAACCAAUGUGGACUCCAAGGAGGUUUUUAUAGCGGAUUGGUUGCAAGCCCAGUCAUCCACCCUGGGUAAACCCAUGCCUACAUCCGAGGAGGAUGCUUUGAAUGGCAUUGGCUCUCCUUUCAAGCCCAUUUCAGACAUCAAUUAUUGUUAUUCAGCUGUUGAAAGAAACAAUCUGAUGAGACUAUCCCAGAGUAUUCCUUUCACCCCUGUGCCUCUGAAAGGUGAAUUGGUCACUGUGUAUCGCUUAGAUGAAAGCUCCCCAAACAUCCUGAACAACAGCAUGUCCUCCUGGUCACAGAGAGGGCUAUGUGCUAAAAUUGAGUUUCUGAGUAAAGAACAGAUGGGAGGCGGAUUAAGGCGAGCUGUGAAAGUGGCCUGUACCUGGUCUGAGAAUGACAUCCUGAAGGCUGGACAUUUCUAUAUCAUCAAGUCAUUCCUACCUGAGGUGGUCAAUACAUGGUUAGGGGUGUACAAAGAAGAUACUGUCCUCCAUCUCUGCCUUAAAGAAAUACAGCAACAGAGGGCGGCACAGAAGAUGACAUUUGCUUUUAAUGCAAUGAAGCCAAAAUCUAUCCCGUACUCUCCAAGAUUUCUUGAAGUGUUCCUACUAUUCUGCCAUUCGGCUGGGCAGUGGUUUGCCAUAGAGGAGUGUAUGAACGGAGAAUUCCGCAAAUAUAACAACAACAAUGGAGAUGAGAUUGUCCCAACAAAUAUGCUGGAGGAAACCAUGUUGGCUUUUAGUCACUGGACAUUUGAAUAUACAAGAGGAGAGCUUUUAGUUCUAGAUUUACAAGGUGUUGGAGAGAAUUUAACUGACCCAUCAGUCAUCAAAUCUGGUGAAAAAAGGUCAUCUGACAUGGUAUUUGGACCAGCAAAUUUAGGAGAUGAUGCCAUUAAGAAUUUUCGUGCUAAGCACCACUGUAAUUCCUGUUGUAGAAAGCUUAAGCUCCCAGAUUUGAAAAGGAACGAUUACACCCCCGAUAAAGUAAUAUUCCCUCCGGAUGAACAUACAGAGUCAUCGACCGAUCCUGACGAUUCCACCAAAGAAUCAAAACAUUCUAUUCGUUUGAUGCUGUAACUUGGAAAUUGCAAACUGAUGACAAGUCUCACAUCCUGGCUCUAAGAGACGGAGUUGGAUUUUGCACAUAUGUGCGUGCUGCUAGAAGUCUUUUUUGUUUUUAUUUUUUAGCAUUUUUUUAAAAUAUAUGAAUUUUAUAAAAAGGACUUUUAAAGUUUCUGCCUCUGCUGGUGGCCCAGAUGUAGGCAGCCAAUCAGCCCAGAGUGUGCCUGAAGAUUGUGAUCAUAGGCUGGGAUGAGGCUGUGCUCUUACACCUGAGCCAUACAGCAGGUGAUCUGCCUGUGGUUACAUAACAGAGCAGUCUUCAUUCUGCAAGACCUUCUUGUAGAGUUUAUGAAAUCUAUUCAAACUUGACUUUUAGCUGUGUAUAAACCGCUGUCUUUUAUACCUUUAACUUUUACUCAUUCUUUAGUAAAGCCAUGAUCAGCAGACAACUGUUGUAAUAUAUAAAAAGGGGAAAGUGUCCCUUCAAGUUGCCUUGUAAAGAGAAGUGCUUUUUAUCUUGUAAAUCAUACGUGCUUCAGAAGUUUUAUCUUCCAAAGACCUCAACUGUACAACAUGUAUAUCGAACGAGAAUGUACACAGUCUCUUAUGGUUUUUAUUGAUGUAUUUAAGCCCCUGUACAAAGAUCAUUGUUGUUAUGUGGUACCUGUUUAUUGAAUUACUAAAUUGUAAAUUAUGGGACACUGCAAUGCUUAGGCAAUGAAUUAUAACUUAAUUAUUCCGGAUGUUGAGAGAGCAAUUCUGUCCAGAGACAUUUGUUUUUUUUAGAGGUACUAAAAUGCAGGUUUAUCCUGCAGAACCUAUAUGAAGCUCUAUACAUUUUUAAUCUGUAGUGUAUC